AUGGACAUUACUUCUGAGUCAACAGACAUAACCGCUCAGGUCAAAGAGCGCAUCACCCUAGCCCCAGGCUUGCCCAAUCCAAACCCAACGCAAUCAUCAUGGCAGCAACCACCUCAUCCGAUAGUUGCCAACAUUCAGUCAAAUCUCGCCGACGAAGCAGAUAUUGUCAUCAUUGGAUCCGGUGUCACUGGUUGUGGCGCUGCCCAUGCCUUACUGCAUCACCCAGACGCCACAGAGCUGCGCAUAACUGUUCUUGAAGCCCGAGAAACAUGCAGCGGGGCAACUGGCCGGAACGGCGGGCAUAUCUGCUCCAAUAUUCUCGAGAGUUUUGGCCCCCUUAUGGAUGCACAUGGCUUAGAAGCUGCUCUCGAGACGGCCCGUUUCAGUGAAGCCAAUGCUAUUCGGCUGAGGGAAGUCACAGCGAGCCUAGCGAAAAAGGACCGCGAAGCUACAGAGCUUCGGGAUGUCGUGCUAGGAACUUCUACAUCUAACUCUGAGACUAUGGAGGGCUUCAAGACUGCCGUGAGACUACUUGAGCAAGAAUAUCCGGAUAGUCUUAUAAAAUUCAAAUUCGUGGACGAUCGGGAUCGAAUCAAGGAAUUUUCCUUCCAAGACGACGUUGUCGGUUUGGUAGAGCAGCACGGUGCAGCCGCAGUAUGGCCCUAUCGCCUGAUCACUGCAAUCUUCGAAAAGCUUUUGACGGAGUUUGAGGAUCGUUUCACUUUACAGACAUCGACACCGGUUCAAGCUAUCAAGUUCAAUCCAACAGAAUCACCGUCGUACUCCGUCACCACCCCUCGGGGCAUUAUUCGAGCGCACAAAGUCAUUCACUGCACGAAUGGAUUUUCAGGUCAUCUGUUGCCAAACUUGGUGGGCGCCAUAUACCCUCUUCGCGGUACCAUGUCGGUGCAGAAGCCUGGUCCUGAUUUUCCUCUGUUGGGAGAUCGUUUCUCCUGGUCCUUCGUGAAUGAAUUUACCUACCACCCGGAAAGCGAUGUCUGGGAUACGCAAUAUCACUAUGUUCAGCAGAAUGCGAAAACGGGUGAGAUCUGGAUUGGAGGCGAGUAUCAAAAGUUAUCGGAGCUACUUACCAGUGAUGACUCGACCGUCGGGGAAAUAACACAGCAGAAACUCUCGGCGGUACUUCCAACGCUAUUUUCCAAGGUGGAGCCCCAUCAAGUGCGAAAAGUCUGGUCUGGGAUUAUGGCUUUUACCUCUGAUGGUUGUCCAAUUGUUGAUCAACUUCCAUCCUCAAUAUCUGGUCGAGAGGGUGAAGGGGAAUGGAUAGCAGCCGGUUAUAAUGGACACGGAAUGGACAAAGCUUGGUUAUGCGGUGAAGGGAUAGCUCGAAUGGCUCUUGGGGAAAAGAGUGUGCCCGGUCUGCCGCAGAUCUACUUGCUUGGAGAGGAAAGGCUGGGUAGACUUACAGCGGACGGAUCUGUAGGCGCUUUUAAAUCAAUGUUCUCCUAG